AUGCAGGGAUCUCUGGUUCCCAGAACGCGCUGCGUCAGUUGCGGCACCGGGCAGCUGCGUCCUCCAGAGGGCACUGCAGAUACAGCAGCUGCGCUCCCCCAGCCGUCCCCGACGAGGGUCCUCCUCGGGACCUCCCUCACCAUCCCCUGCUAUUUCAUCGACCCCCUGCACCCUGUGACCACCGCCCCCUCCACCGCCCCCCUCGCCCCAAGAAUCAAGUGGAGCCGUGUUUCCAAGGAGAAGGAGGUCGUGCUGCUGGUGGCCACUGAAGGGCGCGUGCGGGUCAACAGUGCCUACCAGGAUAAGGUCUCGCUGCCCAACUACCCCGCCAUCCCCAGCGACGCCACCUUGGAAAUCCAGAGCCUGCGCUCCAAUGACUCGGGGGUCUACCGCUGCGAGGUGAUGCACGGCAUCGAGGACAGCGAGGCUACCAUGGAGGUCGUGGUGAAAGGCGUCGUGUUCCAUUACAGAGCCAUCUCCACGCGCUACACCCUUGACUUCGACAGGGCGCAGCGGGCCUGCCUGCAGAACAGUGCCAUCAUCGCCACGCCUGAGCAGCUGCAGGCCGCCUAUGAAGAUGGCUUCCACCAGUGCGACGCCGGCUGGCUGGCCGAUCAGACUGUCAGAUAUCCCAUCCACACUCCCCGGGAAGGCUGCUAUGGAGACAAGGAUGAGUUUCCUGGCGUGAGGACAUACGGCAUCCGAGACACCAACGAGACCUAUGACGUGUACUGCUUCGCUGAGGAGAUGGAGGGUGAAGUCUUUUAUGCAACAUCUCCAGAGAAGUUCACCUUCCAGGAGGCAGCCAAUGAGUGCCGGCGGCUGGGUGCCCGGCUGGCCACCACGGGCCAGCUCUACCUGGCCUGGCAGAGCGGCAUGGACAUGUGCAGCGCUGGCUGGCUAGCCGACCGCAGCGUACGCUACCCCAUCUCCAAGGCCCGUCCCAACUGUGGGGGCAACCUCCUGGGCGUGAGGACUGUCUACCUGCAUGCCAACCAGACGGGCUACCCCGACCCCUCAUCCCGCUAUGACGCCAUCUGCUACACAGGUGAAGACUUUGUGGACAUCCCAGAAAACUUCUUUGGAGUAGGGGGCGAGGAGGAAAUCACCAUCCAGACGGUGACCUGGCCUGACGUGGAGCUGCCAUUGCCUGGAAACAUCACCGAGGGUGAAGCCCGAGGCAACGUGAUCCUUACUGCAAAGCCCAUCUUCGAAGUCUCUCCCAGUCCUCUGGAGCCCGAGGGGCCCUUCACGUUUGCCCCUGAAAUAGGGGCCACCGCCUUUCCUGAGAUUGAGAAUGAGACUGCAGAGGCCAGCAGGCCCUGGGCCUUUCCCACGCCUGGCCUGGGCCCUGCCACGGCCUUCACCAGUGAGGAUCUCGUCGUGCAGGUGACCGCUGUCCCGGGUGCAACCGAGGUCCCUGGGCAGCCGCAUUUGCCAGGGGGAGUCGUGUUCCACUACCGCCCGGGACCCACCCGCUACUCGCUGACCUUCGAGGAGGCGCAGCAGGCCUGUCUGCGCACCGGGGCGGUCAUUGCCUCGCCAGAGCAGCUGCAGGCCGCCUACGAAGCUGGCUAUGAGCAGUGUGACGCCGGCUGGCUACGGGACCAGACCGUCAGAUACCCCAUUGUGAGCCCACGGACCCCAUGCGUGGGUGACAAGAACAGCAGCCCAGGAGUCAGGACCUAUGGCGUGCGCCCAUCAACAGAGACCUACGAUGUCUACUGCUAUGUGGACAGACUUGAGGGGGAGGUGUUCUUUGCCACACGCCUUGAGCAGUUCACCUUCCAGGAAGCACUGGAGUUCUGUGAAUCUCACAAUGCCACGCUGGCCACCACGGGCCAGCUUUACGCCGCCUGGAGCCUCGGCCUGGACAAGUGCUAUGCUGGCUGGCUGGCCGACGGCAGCCUCCGCUACCCCAUCGUCACCCCAAGGCCUGCCUGCGGCGGGGACAAGCCAGGCGUGAGAACCGUCUACCUCUACCCUAACCAGACGGGCCUCCCGGACCCGCUGUCCCGGCACCAUGCCUUUUGCUUCCGAGGCGUUUCAGCAGCUCCUUCUCCAGGAGAAGAAGAGGGUGGCACACCCACAUCACCCUCUGGUGUGGAGGACUGGAUCGCGACCCAAGUGGUGCCUGGUGUGGCUGUCCCCGUGGGGGAGGAGACAACCGCUGUACCCUCAGGCAGGACUACUGCAGUCCCAGAGUUCACCACUGAGCCAGAAAACCAGACAGAAUGGGAACCCGCCUACACCCCAGUGGGCACAUCCCCGCUGCCAGGGAUCCUUCCGACUUGGCCUCCCACUGGCCCAGCAACAGAGAAAAGCACAGAAGUCCCUUCUGCAACUGAAGUGCCCUCAGCCUCGGAGGAACCAUCCCCCUCAGAGGAGCCAUUCCCCUCGGUGGAACUAUUCCCCUCAGUGGGGCCAUCCCCUUCGGCGGAGCCGUCCCCCACAGUAGAACCAUUCCCCUCAGUGGAACCAUUCCCCUCAGUGGGGCCAUCCCCUUCGGCGGAGCCGUCCCCCACAGUAGAACCAUUCCCCUCAGUGGAACCAUUCCCCUCCCAGGAACCAUCUCCCUCAGAGAAGCCAUCAGCCUCAGAAGAGCCAUACACACCUUCACCCGCGGUGCCCAGCUGGACUGAGCUGCCAAGCUCUGGGGAAGAAUCUGGGGCCCCUGAAGUCAGUGGUGACUUCACAGGCAGUGGAGAUGCUUCAGGACACCUUGACUUCAGUGGGCAGCUGUCAGGGGACAGGGCAAGUGGACUGCCCUCUGGAGAUCUUGACUCCAGUGGUCUUACUUCCACAGUGGGCUCAGGCCUGCCUGUGGAAAGUGGACUGGCCUCAGGGGAUGGUGAGAGAAUUGAAUGGUCCAGCACACCUACCGUUGGUGAACUGCCCUCUGGAGGUGAGAUCCUAGAGGGCUCUGCCUCUGGAGUUGGGGACCUCAGUGGACUUCCUUCUGGAGAAGUUCUAGAGACUUCUGCCUCUGGAGUAGGAGAUCUCAGUGGACUUCCUUCUGGAGAAGUUCUAGAGACUUUUGCCUCCGGAGUAGGAGACCUCAGUGGACUUCCUUCUGGAGAAGUUCUAGAGACUUCUGCCUCUGGAGUAGAAGACCUCAGUGGACUUCCUUCUGGAGAAGUUCUAGAGACUUCUGCCACUGGCGUAGAAGACCUCAGCAGACUUCCUUCUGGAAGAGGAGGUCUAGAGAUUUCUGCCUCUGGAGUAGGGGACCUUAGUGGACUUUCUUCUGCAGGAGAAGUUCUAGAGACUACUGUCUCUGGAGUAGAGGACAUCAGUGGACUUCCUUCUGGAGAAGUUCUAGAGACUUCUACCUCUGGAGUAGGAGACCUCAGUGGACUUCCCUCUGGAGAGAUUCUAGAGACUUCUACCUCUGGAAUAGGGGACCUCAGUGGACUUCCUUCUGGAGGAGAAGCUCUAGAGACUUCUGCCUCUGGAGUAGAGGACGUCAGUGGGCUUCCUUCUGGAGAAGCUAUAGAGACUUCUGCCUCGGGAGUAGAGGAUGUCAGUGAACUUCCUUCAGGAGAAGGUCUAGAGACCUCUGCUUCUGGGGUAGAGGACCUCAGCAGGCUCCCUUCUGGAGAAGAAGUUCUAGAGACUUCUGCCUCUGGAGUAGGGGACCUCAGUGGACUUCCUUCUGGAGAAGUUCCAGAGACUUCUGCCUCUGGAGUUGGGGACCUCAGUGGACUUCCUUCUGGAGGAGAAGGUCUAGAGAUCUCUGCUUCUGGAGUAGGGACUGACCUCAGUGGACUUCCUUCUGGAAGGGAGGGUCUAGAGACUUCAGCUUCUGGAGCUGAGGACCUCAGUGGAUUGCCUUCUGGCAAAGAAGACUUGGUGGGUUCAGCUUCUGGAGACUUGGACUUGGGUAAACUGCCUUCUGGAACUCUAGGAAGUGGGCAAGCUCCAGAAACAAGUGGCCUUCCCUCUGGAUUUAGUGGCGAGUAUUCUGGGGUGGAUGUUGGAAGUGGCCCAUCCACUGGCCUGCCUGACUUUAGUGGACUUCCAUCUGGAUUCCCAACUGUCUCCCUAGUGGAUUCUACAUUGGUAGAAGUGGUCACAGCCUCCACUGGGAGUGAACUGGAAGGGAGGGGAACCAUUGGCAUCAGUGGCGCAGGAGAAGUGUCUGGGCUGCCUUUCAGUGAGCUGGACAUUAGUGGGGGAGCUAGUGGACUCCCUUCGGGAACUGAACUCAGUGGCCAAGCAUCUGGGUCUCCUGACGUCAGUGGGGAAACAUCUGGACUCUUUGGUGUCAGUGGACAGCCCUCAGGGUUUCCUGACAUCAGUGGGGGAACAUCUGGGGUUUUUGAGGUUAGUGGGCAGCCAUCAGGGUUUCCUGACACUAGUGGGGAAACAUCUGGAGUGACUGAGCUUAGCGGGGUGUCCUCUGGACAGCCAGGUGUUAGUGGAGAAGCAUCUGGAGUUCUUUAUGGCACUAGUCAACCAUUUGGCAUAACCGACCUGAGUGGAGAAACAUCCGGGGUCCCUGAUCUCAGCGGGCAGCCUUCAGGGUUGCCAGAGCUCAGUGGGGCAACAUCAGGAAUCCCUGGACUGGUUUCUGGUGCCACGAGUGGCAGCGGUGAAUCUUCUGGCAUUACAUUUGUGGACACCAGUUUGGUCGAAGUGACCCCUACAACAUUUAAAGAAGAAGAAGGCUUGGGGUCUGUGGAGCUCAGUGGCCUCCCUUCCGGUGAGGGAGAUCUGUCAGGCAAAUCUGGGAUAGUGGAUGUCAGUGGACAGUUUUCUGGAACAGUCGAUUCCAGUGGGUUUACAUCCCAGACUCCAGAAUUCAGUGGCCUACCAAGUGGCAUAGCUGAGGUCAGUGGAGAACCCUCCGGAGCUGAGAGUGGGAGCAGCCUGCCCUCGGGAGCGUAUUCUGGCAGUGGACUUCCAUCUGGUUUCCCCACUGUCUCUCUUGUAGACAGAACUUUGGUGGAAUCUGUAACCCAGGCUCCAACAGCCCAAGAAGCAGGAGAAGGGCCUUCUGGCAUUAUAGAACUCAGCGGUGCCCAUUCUGGAGCACCAGACCUGUCUGGGGACCAUUCUAGAUUUCUGGACCUAAGUGGGCUGCAGUCCGGGCUGGUAGAACCCAGUGGAGAGCCACCAAGUACUCCGUAUUUUAGUGGGGAUUUUGCCAGCACCACUGAUGUAAGUGGAGAAUCCUCUGUAGCCAUGAGCACCAGUGGAGAGGCUUCGGGACUUCCAGAAGUUACUUUAAUCACUUCUGAGUUCGUGGAGGGUGUUACUGAACCAACAGUUUCUCAGGAACUUGGCCAGGGGCCCCCUGUGACACACACACCCCAGCUUUUUGAGUCCAGUAGAGAAGCCUCUGCAGCUGGGGACAUUAGUGGAGUUACCCCAGUGCUCUCUGGGUCUGGAGUAGAAGUGUCAUCUGUCCCAGAAUCUAGCAGUGAGACAUCCGCCUAUCCUGAGGCUGGGGUUGAGGCAUCUACUGCCCGUGAGGCCAGCGGAGAAGCUUCUGGGUCCCCUGAUCUGAGUGAAACCACCUCUGCAUUCCACGAAGCUGACCUCGAGAGAUCCUCUGGCCUAGGAGUGAGCGGCAGCACUUUGACUUUUCAGGAAGGUGAGGGGUCAGUUGCCCCAGAAGUGAGUGGCGAAUCCACCACCACUGAUGACGUAGGGACGGAGGCAGCAGCCUUGCCUUCGGCCACUCCCAUGGCUUCUGGAGACAGGACUGAAAUCAGCGGAGACCUGUCUGGUCACACCUCGGGGCUGGGUGUUGUCAUCAGCACCAGCCUCCCAGAGUCUGAGUGGACCCAGCAGACCCAGCGCCCUGCAGAGGCACAUCUAGAAAUUGAGUCCUCAAGCCCCCUAUACUCAGGAGAAGAGACUCAAACAGCUGAAACAGCCACCUCCCCAACAGAUGCCUCCAUCCCACCUUCUCCAGAAUGGACAGGUGAAUCAGAGUCAACUGUUGCAGCCCCCACCAGGUCCUGUGCGGAGGAGCCCUGUGGCGCUGGGACCUGCGAGGAGACAGAGGGACACGUCAUAUGCCUGUGCCCCCCUGGCUACACUGGCAAGCACUGCAACAUAGACAUUGAUGAGUGCCUCCCAAGCCCUUGUCUGAAUGGAGCCACCUGCCUGGAUGCCAUCGACUCUUUCACAUGCUUAUGCCUUCCCAGCUACGGAGGGGACCUGUGUGAGAUCGACCAGGAGGUAUGUGAGGAGGGCUGGACCAAGUACCAGAGCCACUGUUACCGCCACUUCCCGGACCGAGAGACCUGGGUGGAUGCGGAGCGCCGGUGUCGGGAGCAGCAGUCACACCUGAGCAGCAUCGUCACCCCCGAGGAGCAGGACUUUGUCAACAACAAUGCGCAAGACUACCAGUGGAUCGGCCUGAAUGACAGGACCAUUGAAGGGGACUUCCGCUGGUCAGAUGGACACCCCAUGCAAUUUGAGAACUGGCGCCCCAACCAACCUGAUAAUUUCUUUGCCGCCGGAGAGGACUGCGUGGUGAUGAUCUGGCACGAGAAGGGCGAGUGGAAUGACGUUCCCUGCAAUUACCACCUGCCCUUCACGUGUAAAAAGGGCACAGUGGCCUGCGGAGAACCCCCUGCAGUGGAGCAUGCCAGGACCUUUGGGCAGAAGAAGGACCGGUAUGAGAUCAAUUCCCUGGUGCGGUACCAGUGCACGGAGGGGUUUGUUCAACGCCACGUGCCAACUAUCCGGUGCCAGCCCAGCGGGCACUGGGAGGAGCCUCGGAUCACCUGCACAGACCCCACCACCUACAAACGCAGACUACAGAAGCGAAGCUCACGGCACCCUCGGAGGAGCCCCUCCAGCACGGCCCACUGAGAGGGGCUUCCAGAACGCACCAGGACGCUGAGCCCAGGAGCCUGCCAGGCUGACAUGGACCCACCCAGAUGGUGUCCUCUUCUUGUCGCUUUUUGUCAUAUAAGGAAUCCCAUUAAAGAAGGAAAAAAUAAAUCCCACGUUGUGUAUGCACCCACUCACCCCUCCACAUCACCAAAACCGCAUCUAAUUUGUCCGCCGAAUGCCAAAGCAAAGCAAACUUAUCGUAACUCGUGGACUAAGUUUAGAGACAUUUCUUCAAUCUCCCAUCGUGCCUUUUGAGGAACCAGUGCAGGGACAGGGGGAGAAGGGGAGGGGUUAAGUUAAAUAAAGAAGAUUAUUUUUGUUUCCUGACUUUAUCCAAGAGCAGUGCAAUCGUUGGUCAUUUCACCUCCAGGGAGAGCUAGGGAGGAGGGAGGAGGGCUCCGAAGGAGCUGGAAAGGGCAAAGGCCUGAGAGCAUGAAGAACUCGGAACCGUAGCGGAAUGUAUUGGAUGAGAAGCCAGGAAGGCUGCACCGUCUGUCUGAGGGAGAAGCCUUGGGGGAGAGGGGCGGGUUCCUGCCUCCUGCUGAAGGUGAGCUGGCAGGGGAGAGCCAUCAGAGGGACCUUCUGCCGCGUGGGGCUUGGGUUCCCUCCAAGGGUCCGUCUUCCAGUGUCCUCUCACCUGGGUCUGCCACCCCAGCAGGUGGAAACUUGGCAGGGCUGCUGGGGGCACUUCCUUCCCAGUGGGGGUGCCGCCCAACCUUCUCCCCUCCCCACCCCUCACCCCCGGGACCGUGCAGGCACCAGGGUUCCGUGCACCUAUUUAUAUUUUUGAAAACCGAAGAUUAUGAUAUUAUAAUAAUAAUAAAGACAUUGGAAGAGA